ACUUCAGAAGGCAGGAGAUAUUUUCACGGAUUUUCGUCGUUUAUUUUAGUGACUGACGAUGAUAUUUGCCCAAAGUCAACCAGCGAGCAGCUGGCCGACGCCACCGGUGGCCAGAAGUGAUUGUGUGGCCACGACCCGUGACGUUGUGGCUAGAGUUGCGUUUUUAUUGAGCGAUGAGCUUCCUGACAGUCAUCCUGGAAGCUGAGCAGCACCCGCAGCCGGCAAGUUGGAGCCUGCGUCAAACAUGUGUGUGCCUUACUUGCUAGUAAAAAAGCAUUUCAGGUAUUAAGGAACGUCUGCUCUAGAAGAGCAUGUGAGCGCUCAUAAAAUAUAGGAAGACACUGGUGUUGGGAAUGUCUAAUGGCACUACACAAAGAUCUCAUCUAGCAACCCACAAUUCGUUAUGAAUCAAAAUAUUUUUGAUGUUCAGUGUAUAACGGCGAUACUAAGAAACACUAAGUAGUGUUAAUGUCUAAACUUCCUCUUCAUUUAUAUUUAUUAAUGGAAUCAUUAGAAAGGCAAUGUGAUACCAACUGUUAUUGCUAUAUAUAUUUUUAAAAUAAUUUUUAACACUUGGUAUAUUAAAAGAGAAACCGUAUCGGUGUUCAGGAUGUGUAAAAAGAUGUACAGUAUAUGACUUCUAAAUAAGACAUAUGAGAGUUUAUAUAGGAAAAACUCAUUAUCAGAGAGCAAUGAGUUCAAAUUACCACAUGGAUAAAUGUAAAUUUACAACACACGUUGAAGUGCCUGCAGAAAGUACACCAUUUCGGUGUACAAAGUGUGAGAAACGUUUUUCCAGAAAAUCAAGUCUAAUACAUCAUGAGAGGGUUCAUGGACGAGAUACACUGUAUCAGUGCUCUGAGUGCCUCAAAAUAUUUUCGUCCAGAUCAAAUCUAAAAAGACAUAAAAAAAUUCAUUCUGGGGAAAAGCCACAUCAGUGUUCAGUGUGUUUAAAACGCUUUUCAGUCAAAUCCAAUCUAACAGAACAUAUGAAAAUUCAUUCAGGAGAGAAACCCUAUCAUUGCUCACAGUGUCGAAAAAACUUUCCACAGAAAUCUGCUUUAAUUAAACAUAUGCGUGUUCAUACAGGAGAGAAACCAUAUCAAUGUUCUGAAUGUCUUAAGAAAUUUUCACAAAAAACGAAUCUAAUACAACAUGAGAGAGUUCAUUCGGGAGAGAAACCUCAUCAGUGUUUGAUUUGUUCAAAAUAUUUUUUGCUUAAACGUACUCUAGAAACACACAUGAAAAUUCAUUCAGGGGAGAAACCACAUCAAUGUAAUAUAUGUCUUAAAAAGUUUUCAGUAAAUUCUGAUCUAGUAAAACACGAGAGGGUUCAUUCAGGAGAAAAACCAUUUCAAUGCUCUGAAUGUGUGAAAAGCUUUUCACAAAAAUACAGUCUUGUCCUACAUACGAGGGUUCACUCAGGAGAGAGACCCUACCAGUGUGCUGAGUGUCUAAAGAAAUUUUCACUAAAAUCUAAUUUAAUUAAACAUUUAAUUGUUCAUACAGGAGAGAAACCAUUUCAGUGUUCUCUCUGUCAUAAAUUAUUUUCCUGUAAAUCUAAUUUAGUUAAACAUAUGAGAAUGUUUCAUACUCAAAAAAUGAAAAAAAGUUAAUGUACUUUUCAAGCUGUUCAUAUGAGAAAAAAAAUGUUGUGCAUAUUACACUUGAGAGUUCAAAAGUAAAAGAAACUAUAUGUAUUGUUCAGUUUAUUUAAAUAACUUUUCAAUUAAAUCAACUUUAGGAAUCAUUAUUUGCUUGAGAUAUGUUGCUGACCUAAUAUAUUGCAAACAUUUCCAAGAUCUGAAUGAACUUUAAUAGAAUUGAAAAAUAAACUGAUUUUAACAAAAUUCUAGUUAAAUUUCUAGUUUACAAACUUUUAGCAAAUUACAGAAAGAAAAAAUUAUAAGGAAUGGAAAAAUAAUAAAUUGGUUAGAAGAUAAUCAUUUUCAAACUAUUGUUGAUCAGGAAAAGAAUGGGAGUGUGAGUAAAGGACUGGCAGACAUUAUAUGUGUAUGGAGUGUGAGUACAUGACUGGCAGAUAUUAUACGUGCAUAGUGUGAGAGUUGAGGAUUGGCAGACAUUAUACGUGUAUGGAGUGUGAGUAGAGGACUGGCAGACAUUAUAUGUGUAUAGAGUGUGAGUAGAGGACUGGCAGACAUUAUACUUGUUUGGAGUGUGAGUAGAGGACUGGCAGACAUUAUACGUGUGUGGAGUGUGAGUAGAGGACUGGCAGACAUUAUACUUGUUUGGAGCGUGAGUAGAGGACUGGCAGACAUUAUACGUGUAUGGAGUGUGAGUAGAGGACUGGCAGACAUUAUACUUGUUUGGAGUGUGAGUAGAGGACUGGCAGACAUUAUACAUGUAUGGUGUGUGAGUAGAGGACUGGGAGACAUUAUACAUGUAUGGUGUGUGAGUAGAGGACUGGGAGACAUUAUACAUGUAUGGUGUGUGAGUAGAGGACUGGCAGACAUUAUACUUGUUUGGAGUGUGAGUAGAGGACUGGCAGACAUUAUACAUGUAUGGUGUGUGAGUAGAGGACUGGCAGACAUUAUACUUGUAUGGUGUGUGAGUAGAUGACUGGCAGACAUUAUACUUGUUUGGAGUGUGAGUAGAGGACUGGCAGACAUUAUACUUGUUUGGAGUGUGAGUAGAGGACUGGCAGACAUUAUACAUGUAUGGUGUGUGAGUAGAGGACUGGCAGACAUUAUACAUGUAUGGUGUGUGAGUAGAGGACUGGCAGACAUUAUACUUGUUUGGAGUGUGAGUAGAGGACUGGCAGACAUUAUACUUGUAUGGUGUGUGAGUAGAGGACUGGCAGACAUUAUACUUGUUUGGAGUGUGAGUAGAGGACUGGCAGACAUUAUACUUGUUUGGAGUGUGAGUAGAGGACUGGCAGACAUUAUACAUGUAUGGUGUGUGAGUAGAGGACUGGCAGACAUUAUACAUGUAUGGUGUGUGAGUAGAGGACUGGCAGACAUUAUACUUGUUUGGAGUGUGAGUAGAGGACUGGCAGACAUUAUACUUGUAUGGUGUGUGAGUAGAGGACUGGCAGACAUUAUACUUGUUUGGAGUGUGAGUAGAGGACUGGCAGACAUUAUACUUGUUUGGAGUGUGAGUAGAGGACUGGCAGACAUUAUACUUGUAUGGAACUGGAGAACUAUUGACAGAGAUUCUGAAAAUAUUUGUUUGAAGAAAGUUGUUCAUGUGAUGCAGUUAUUGGUAUAAUGAGCACUUUGAUGUAAAUGUAGAUGUGUACAAAAGUUGUGUAUUGUUCCUAUGAUUGUUGAAUAUAUACUGUAUAUGUUUGCCACUAUGAGGGAGGUCCAGUGUAAAAGCCUUGCCAAGAUUGUGCAAUAUCCGGUGAUUGUAUAUAUGUGCUUUUGGCUCCGAGAGAGGCCUAAAGAGAGUGAAUAGUGUGUUAUUUUAUGUAUUUAUAUUAUUUAUUUUUUAGAAUGAGUAGUAGAAUGAUUACAGUGGCUUGGGAUUUUGGGGGAGCUGAAAUGGCUCAUGAAAACCCUAUUUAUUUUUAAUUCUUUGCCAGUAUCUCUAAAAAUGUUACUUGUAAUCAUGGUACUUCGGUCUCUAGAACUAGAUCCUAGUGCCCUUAGCCUUUAACAAUAGCACAGCCCUUGUAGCUCAGUAAACUGGUCUCAUGGUUGAGAGUACCGAGAUAUGAGGAAAGGCUUCUGUUGGUAGAUCUUGACGUGCUGGAAGGUGUAAGAGACAGGGGCAUCAUGAUUACUACAUAUAUAUAUUACUGUAAUUCUUGAAAACAUUGAGAGAGUAGACAAACAUAAUGUUCAAUAGUGGUAAGUUGGCUAGGAUUUUAAGUAAAAUGUCAUUACAGCUGAGGCAUUUGGACAGCUCUUAAACUUUUAUUAUACAACUUUAAAAAAUUCAUGGAUUUAUUCACAUUCAAGUCCAUAAUGACAAAUGGAAAUUACGCAAGUGUAGUUACAGGUGAGAGCUACACUCGUGGUGUCCCAUCUCCCCAGUACUCUUUCCCUUAUAACAUUUUGAAACCACUAAUGGUUUUGGCCUCCAACACCUUUUCACUUAACUUUUUCCAACCGUCUGUGAGAAUAAAUCUGCUGGUAGUAUUUGUCCGUGGUAAAAGUUACAUUAAUGAGUGAUUUAGACUCCCAGUGACAGUUAUAACCCAGCUAAAGUCCAGUAGAAUCUGUUGGUUAUUCCAAACAAUAGUUAUGUGACUUCUUGUAUGAUAUAAGGGUAAACUGAUUAAAUGGUGUUAAUGUAGCUUUUACUCGUGUCUGCAAUUUUGUUGACGUUGUUGGCUUAUUAAUGUUUUCUACCUGCUUGUAGAUACCCUUGAGGUAUGAUCAGUUCCUUCCUUAACCCCUGCAUUGCAUACACCUGUUAUUGGCAAAAGCUUCAAAGAGUUAAGGACUUAUUUUUGUUGUUUUAUAAAUGUUCAGGUAAAGUUAAUGUCAAAUGUUUCCAAACUAAACUAUUUUCAUUUCAAAACACAGAGUAAUGAAAACAUUAGAAAACAUUAAAAUAUAGCCUAAUUAAAAAAAAAAGUACAACUCUCAAAACGACAUUUGUUGACCGGUGCCGUUGAGGGGUGAAUCCCAGCACUAAGCAACUGUUUAUAGCCGACAUCCCCCAGUGCUUAGGAAAAAAUAAAAAUCCCAAAUUUUG